CGUCUUGCGUCAUCACGUAGAAAACGUCUUGACGUAAAAAGGCGGAAACGUUCUGUGUGUUUUGCGGCGCUCUGUCCACCAGAGAAAAUAAGAAGAUUUCUUGUUUCUGUCUUCUUUUCCAGUGGUCUCACCUGCUCCGUCCGGUCCGGACCCCCGAACUUUUCACACCCGUGACCCGUAAACAACAUGAUGAUGUCAUCGAGGUUAGUGAUGCUGCGCUCUGCUGCCUCCAUGAUGAGUCGGUCCCUCUGCACAGGAGCAGCAUCCAGACCGGGCAGAGCCCCGGACAUGGAGGAGGGAAACCCACUUUUACACGUGUCAAACGUGAGGAACAGGCUGAGGAAGAUAGUGGGAGCUUCAACAAACUGGAGUGACCACCAGCAGGCCAUGUUGGAGCGAGCGGCGCUGUCCUCCAUGUUGGCCAAGUCUCAGGGUGAACUUCCUGCCCGGAGCAUGAAGGACAGCUACCUGGAGGUCCACCUGCCUCUGGGCUCCGAGCCGCAGCUCCGAGAGAAGUACCUGACCCAUCACAACACCGUCAGGUUCGGCAGAAUCCUGGAGGACCUGGACAGUUUGGCAGUCCUCAUCUCUUACUCCCACACCCACAACCCUGAGCUGAAGAGGUCUCCUCUGUCCAUCGUCACAGCUCUGGUGGACAAGAUCGUACCUGGACGGAGCGUACGCCCCGGUUCUGGACGCCACGUUUGUCAUGGUGGCCCGAGACCCGGAGAACAAGAGGGCAGCCUUUGUGAAUCCUCUGCAGCCCGACGGUCCAGAGGAGGAGAAGUUCCUCCAGGAAGGAGAAACUAAUAAAACUCGCCGCGUGGAGCUGAGCACGGCCUCGCUGCUGAAGGUCGCUCCGACCAACGAGGAGAGGAAGAUCAUCCACGACCUCUUCCUCAACACCCUGGACACAAACACCGUCAGUUUCCGCAGCCGAGUCCUGCCUCCGAACUCCGUUUGGAUGGAAGACGCCAAGCUGAAAGGUGUGGAGAUCUGCCACCCGCAGCAAAGGAACAUCUUCAACAGGAUAUUUGGAGGAUUUCUCAUGAGGAAAGCCUACGAGUUGGGCUGGGCCAACGCCUGCUCCUACGGAGGCUGUCGGCCCAGUCUGGUGGCCGUGGAUGAUAUUCUGUUCCAGAAACCCGUGGAGAUCGGUUCUUUGUUGAUGCUCUCCUCUCAGGUGUGCUACACUCAGGGGAAGUACAUCCAGGUCCGAGUUCACAGCGAGGUGUUCGACCCGCUGACGCAGAAGCACAGCACCACCAACAUCUUCCACUACACCUUCGCUUCGGACCGAGACGUCCCCAACAUCGUUCCCAAGACGUACGGAGAGUCCAUGCUCUACCUGGACGGGAAGAGGCACUUUAAUCAAACUGUGGAGUCCUGAGACGUCAAUCAAACCAUGGAUUUUUGUUUCAUCUGAAACAAAUACAUUUAUUAAGCUUCAUGCAUUUUUUUAUACAUUUAUUUACUUAAACUUCAAGAGGUUUUUGCUCCUUUGCUCUGGAGGUUUACAGGAGGAGUUGGACACUUUUAGCUGUCUCUCCUGAACCUGUCCCUCCUUCCUGCUUCACAGCUUUUUCAAGMCUUUCUUCUAUCUAUCAUCUAAAAACAAAAGGAAUUAUGGGUUUGGUCAACUGGUUUCUGAAYGCAAUCAACACUAUUUUUUCCACACUGAGAUUGGAGCAAGGGGAGCACAGCUWUCCCAGUGGAAUGGUUGCUGCUGGUCGGGUYGCUGGUUCUUGGGGUUGGAACCUGAUCUGUUUGGCGCCRCUUUCCAUUGAAGACGUGGAAGGUUUGUAUAUAUUUGGAWUUAUGAUAACUGGAUUCCUGCUGAUCGACUGUGGAGGAGUCCUGGCUUAUCGGAAAAUGAAAGYGAUCCUGACAGCAGUCCGGGCCUGUCAAAAGCUGUCAGGAACUUUGGAUGGAGUCUCCCGUACUGGAAACGCACAGACUCAUGCUGGGGGAGAKAAGUCGCAAACUGGACGUGAUUCUGACGAGAAUCACAGCCCAGCAGCGUGCCUGUGAGGAGUAGGAUUACACCUGGGUGAAGUUCCAGACGGAAAGAGAGGYGAGGAGGUGAUGAAAUUCGGAACAUUCAGGUUUUUUUUUUUGCCAUUUCAGAGAUGCAGUUAAGA